CUUCUACCUGCGGAGAUGAUUGAACCCACAUUAGUUUCCUUGUAGGUUUUUUUUUUGUUGUUAUCAAUCGCAUUUUUUAUUCGUGACUAUUUUUUCUAUUAUAAGCACGAUUUGGACUUUGGCGCUGUAUUUAGAGAACUCAAUGAGUAUAUCAGGAGGCAAUGGAUAGAACGCGUUAUAGCUCAGCAUUUCAGUGCAUUCAGGCAACGACAUAGGACCAACAAUGUGAUGGAAUCAUACCACAGAAGACUGAACAGUAAAUUGACUAGACAUCCUGGCGUAUGGGAUUUGAUAGAGACGCUUAUCGAUAUCCAGAACACUGCUUCCAUCGAGCUGACUCAGCUGGAACAACACCCCAAUGUUUACAGGAUUGCAAGAAAGAAUGUGGUAUUUGAUGCUCGACUGAAUCAAGCUUGGGACAAGUUAUCGGAUGGUCGCUUCACCGUGGGAGAUUUUCUAAGGCAAGCAGUCUAUUUUGUGGAUGGCAUAGAUGGACAACUACAUCAGUGGAACCAGGAAGUACCGGCCGAAGAAGAAGCUAUCGUCGUUCCACUAGACCAACUUCAUCGUUUAUUAAUGCCAGCUCCUAUUGCUCAACCACCAAGAAAUGUUCCUAUUUUACUCCAUCAGCAUCGUGCUCUUCUUCAGGAACCUCCUUCGCUCAAUCCGCUUCCUCGUGCACGCAUGCCUUUACCUCCAUUAGUUUCUAUUCCUAUUUUGCCACUUGUGCGUCCAUUGUCACCUCCUCCCCUUGUCCCAAUCCUUCAGAAUUUGCCUCCGCCGCCCCAAAUCUUAGAACUGCAACCCCCGAGAUCUCCUUCUGAUGAUCCAUCUUCUCCCGAUUUUCCUGAUUCUCCUCCUCCUCCUUCUCCUGGUUUGCCUGCUUCUCCUCCUCCUGGUUUUCCUGAUUCUCCUCCUUCUCCUGGUUUGCCUGAUUCUCCUCCUCCUCCUGAACCCAUGUUCAAUUUCCCACCCAUCCCUGAAGGAAUCUUAGAAUUGUUCGGCCAGCUAGAAAACGAUGAAGAGUCACCAGUUAGAGCUCCAGUUAACCGCUGGGAACCGAGAAUUCAAGUAGUGCCAUUUAACGAGGUUACCAUGCCACCCAUGCUGAACUCUAAUGUCUGCCUUCUAAACGUGGUACAGUAUGUAAUGCCGGACUGUGGUCAUCUGUUUUGUUUCACAUGCUCAUACAUUAUAUACAACACUGAGGCAGCUCGGUGUGCAAUAUGUCGAGCGGAACUAAACCGAUCACCUAUUCCUUUUUUUUUUUAUUUAAAGUAAUUUGAUAUUUUUCAGGUUUUAUAAUAUUUUUCUAGUAUUAGUAGUAUUUCUAUUUUGCAGCAUUUUCUGUAUUCCUUUCCUAUACACCUUUAUUUUAAUUAAUUUUUGAUUUCCUAGUUUACCUUUUCCUUUUCCCGGCAAAAUUCCAUAUUUUUGUUUCACUUCUUCAUCAAUAUUGUAGGGGUAAAACAAAGUAUGGAAAGUCUACACCUUCUCGUUGGUUUUGCUGAACUAUAAAAUAUUUUGUAUUUGUUACCAAAUAACAUAUUUUAUUGACU